AUGUUUGGCCACAGUACCAAUCGACUGGAACAAGACCAUACUAACAAUGGAAUGGCCAGCAGCGAUCACAGUACUAAUUGUGUUAAUACCUCAGAUGAGGACUUUUCCUCCAAUGAGGAAUCUAGCUUGGAUAGCACAGAGACAGCAAAAUCUGUGCUGGGAAAGCUGAGACCAGAUGAACUUCAAAUCCUCCAAGAUGGUCUAAAGGAUUGGAAGGAAGCUGACACAAACAAAAGGGCCUCACUGAUGGAGGGCAUGUGGAACAAAAUCAAGUGGCUGGAUGCCAACAAGAGCCUCAAACAAAAUGAAUGGAAUAGAAAAUGGAUGGCCAUCAAAAACUGGAUGCACAAGAUGGCCCUGGUCAAGUAUGGCUCCAAAUGGACAGCCCUAAAGGUGAUCAAGCUGCAGUGUAAGAAGGAUAUCCAGCAAGUACUUGUGAAGGCUGGAAUACAGCCUGGGAUGUUGGCUAUGAUCAAACACUAUCAGCCAGCUGUUCAGAAGGUAGUCCAGUUGUUGACCAAGGCUGAAUUGGACCAGGCAUCCCAUUUGACAAAAGAGUGGAACAAGAGAAAGCUGCCACCUGAAGCCCAGGCAGAGGCAGCAACAAGUAAGGGCCAAAAGUAUGCAAAACAGUUUGCAUAUGACAUGUGGAAGCAGUGUGGGAUGAGAGUGGUGAUCAUGUCAGCAUGCAAGGAUAAGGAUGGUGAAGUGAUGGUUGGAGUGAAUGACUUCAAUGACAAGCUGGGCAAUGGAGAGCUCUAUUUGGAUUGGGAAGACCUUCAUGGAAAGUGGUCAGCCUAUGCAAAGAAGGCCUUUGGGGCCAAUGGUACAGAGGAUGGCAGCAGAGAGGAUGAGGCCAGUCAAACCACAGUAAAAGCACAGAAAGGAAAAAAGCAGUCUCAAUUCUCCCUGUCCACCAAUGACAAUGGCACACCCAUUCUUCCAAAUCUCUUGGACUUAUGGACACCAGAAUUAAAGGACAUCAUGAGGCAGGAGCACCCAGAAGAUGUCUUCUGGUUCCAAAGGUGGAGAUCUCAGGAUGGUUUCCUGGAGGAGCCAGUCACCAAACACCAAUGCCAGUCAGACAAAGCCAAAGGGAAGAGACCCUGGACAGAAGUAAAUUCCAUUGAUGGCUCUGACUACAGACAUCACUUGGAGGAGGAACCAGCUCCUCCCACAAAACCUUCCACCAAAUGGCAAUGGAUAGAUGAUCAUCCCACUGGAACAUCCAAUGCACAAGGAGGACAACAGAUGAUGGAGCCAGUCCACAUCAGACUGGUGCAAUACAGCUACUGCAUACCCCAAGCCAGCUGGUAA